UCCGUUAACUACGGAGACUAGAGCUACGACGUCAUUGCAGUAGUCGGCGGGAAUAGUCCAUUUGGGUUGUGGUGCCGUCUCCUAUAUGUUCUCUCCGUUUUAGUAACAAGAAAACAUCUCCCCGCCAAUAAGGAUUUCCGCAAUCUCUCACACGCUCUGAAGGCUGCUGCUGUUGGCCAUCUUCCAUCAUGUCUGACUCUCUGAUGCGAGGCGUCCGGGUCCAGCUGACCACAACGAUGGACUCCGUCUUAAGGACGGCCGUGUUUGAAGUCAUGAGGAUAUUUGAAAGCGCACUGUAUAACCAUAAAAUGGAGAUGGCCCAGAAGGGAGAAGAGAUUGCUCAGCUCAAAACAAAGCUACAAGCUACAGAGCUAAAGCUAAAAGACUUUGCGAUGAACAGUCCGAGGAGAGCAGAAAUGACUGAAACCCGAUCAAAACCAGAAGUGGUUCCAGUUGGCCCAGAACAGCCUGUCACAGCUCCUGAGAUUGAUGUUGAAGUGCCCGAUGACUGGUGUGCUCCACUGGGCUGUGAUGCAUCGAACAGACAAGAGGAGGGUUGUCCCAGCGUAAGACUGCGGCAGUUUUCCAUUCGUCUGUUUCCUGUUCCUCUUGUUAAGCACGAGGAGUUCAACCAUGUCAUCGACCCCCAAAAAUCUCCAGUCGGCAGGAGAUCAAAAAGAAUCUCUGUCAUCAAUGAAAAGCUAAACCCGAGGCAAGACGAGAGUAAACCAACUCGGCACCCGAAAUUAAGUGGCGACCUCAACAAAUUACUCCAAGGUCUCAGCAAGGACUACUGUAACCUCACCGCUUUGGGCCGGCUUCGGAAAAGACAAAUAAAUGAGGAAACUUUUACAGAUGACGACAAAAAAGAGAAGAAAGAUGAAAAAGAUUCAUCAAAGCACAAUGAGAAAAAUCAGAGGAAAUACGUUUGUGAGACUUGCUACAGGGUGUUCAACACAAAAAAAGGCCUGGGCGUACAUGUGAGUUCACAGAGGAAGUGCAAAGGUUGCCUGAGGGCCCUAUGCUUCCAAAGUGAUGUGGAAUCCCAUAAGAGAGUUUGUGCAGAGUACAAGAAGUUGAUGAAAGAAAAACGCAGACUAAAAGAGAAGAAGAAUCCCUUAAAGAGAAAAACACUCAACUCCAGCAAAACAGAGGUGAUUGAGAAAAAGAAAAUUGCACAGUCUUCUGUUGACAAGAAAAAUAACGCCACCCGAAAGUUCUCCUGCAAACAGUGCAGCUACAGGACUAACUCCAGAAACAAGUUUAGACGGCACAAAAUGUCUCAUAGUGAGAAGACGCAAACUUCACCCACGCGUCUAAAGAGGCUUGAUGAGAAAAAGGAAUUCGAUGUAUACGAGAGCAAAAACAAAAGUCUCAUGCAGGUCAGCAACCAAAAUGGAGACCUGGGAUGGACUGAGCCCUUAGAAGAUGUUGACGAAGACGAAGUGUUGAAACGCGGUGAGAAAAUGCAAAAAUGAAGGCCACUGGAGGUGAUAAGUGAUGUGCAUUUUGAUUUUUUUUUUUUUACAAGGCCGGCCUGAGUGCAUAAGAAGAAGGGCAGGAAGACUGCAACAAGAUAGCUGCUGUCCUCGGACAUUAUAUCACUGAUAAUUUGGGUAAUUUACACCCACCGUGUUUUGUUUGUUUCACUUCAGAAUUGGGAAAGAACAGCUCCAAAUGUAUUUCUUAAACCCAUUUCAGUCAAAACAAGAUGCCUUUGUUUUGUUUUUUCUCAAAUCACGGGUAAGGGUAUAAGACGAGACAAGUUUUGUCCUCCAAAAGCAAGUCGUCACCUCAACGUCUCGUUUUCUCUGACUGAAAUUAGACUGAUGAAGGCAGAUGUGUCCUCAGAAAGUGAAAACUCUUAAGACAGAAAAUCUAUAAACUUGCUAGGUGAUCGUCUAGUAAGUGAGAAGUCCUUCCAUCACUUUGUGAGAAAUAUGAUCCAAGCCAAAAAUGUUCUUUUCCUGUUUCUUUUUUAAAAUAAAUACAAAGGUACAGUCUCUCCAAGUAUUUGUUUGCCUGUGACACAUCUUUGGAACUUUACAACUGUAUUAUGUGAUGUUUGAAUGCUGGAUCGUUACACAGAGCUCUGGUGUCAAAUACAUUGGUUGAACAGAGUUUAUGUAAUUUUUAAAAAUGGGUUUACUCUUCAGGAAUUAUUUCAGCUUAUCUUUUUUUUGUUGUAAAUUAAUUACCUUGAAUUUAUUUGUUCAUUUGUUGAUGUGUUUUAAACUUGCUUUAUUUGUUACAGUACAAUUUUUGUGCUUGAAGUUGUUGGCUUCAUUUGAUGUUAACCCAAUUUUAAUAAAACAAUAUAGUUUAGUUUUUGUUAAUUUCUAAUAUUUAAGUAGAAUAUUGAAUUUUUUCAACUACAUAUAUUUAGGAUGGAGGCUACAAUGCUUCUGGUUUCCCUUUAUUUGAUUCUAAUUUCAUGGUAGAGUUCUGAAAUAAAGCGGAAUUUUUGGUUUUUCACCGCUAA